AUGAAUGAGUCUUUUGCAUUCUGGUUCCCAUUAGCUUGGACAAUGGUCGGCGCCAUAUUCACCGUGUUGUCUUUUCUCUGGUCCGUGGUGCCAGCACCUCCUGUGCUUCUCGAGAUCUUGACCGAACUCCGGAAAAUGACCAAAGGUCACCCGAAGAUCCACAGAAGGCUCGAGCCUUUCUCACUCAAAGAUUUCUUGAAGACUCAAGCCAAAGUCCUGGCCAGAGAACGGACACAGACAACGCCCAAUCCAUUCAUUGGCUUGGAUUGA